AUGUCUCCAACACAUGCAGCGCCAAAUAUGAUUCCCGACUACGAGGUUAGGCUCAUGCUCAACCCAACUACGGUGCUCAGCCCCGAACACGAGCUAACGGCUACCGUCCUCUCGGCCUUCGAGAUGCCGCCAACUGUCACAAAACUGAAUGUCCAGUUCCUCGACAGCAGCUCCAAAGAGCUCUAUGCCGCCGACUGGAGCGCCCGCAUCCGCAAGAUCGAAAAUGAGGAUGACUUCGAGUUGACGUACAAGAAGCGGUAUGCCAUCACAAGCGGCGGCGUUGAAGCCGCUCUCAUUGCGGCUAAUAACGAUGGUUUCAACGCCGACAACGCGAAAUACGAGGCGCAAGUCGAAUGGGGCUAUCAGAAGCAGACGCUUUCUAUUAGCCGCAAGAAAACUGCAGCGAACUCUGGUAAAAGCGGAAUGGACUUGCCGGGAACAAGCAAUUCGCGUAAAAUGCUGAUCGACGAAGCACCGGAUAAGUUCGACAACUGGAGCUCCAAAAAAUGGGGCACUGAAACAUUAGCCGUAUCUCGCAUCUUUGGCCCGAUCCUCGUCAGGCGCUCUGUUGGCUUGUGGAACAAGAUCCCUCUAUACGUGGAGAUCUGGCCCCUUUUGAGCUCCGAUGAUACGGGAAUUGAGUACAUCGUUGAGGCUUCUUUCAAGACAAAGAGUUGCAAGACAGCCUCAAAUGAGCAGACCAACUUAGCCGUUUACUUGCAGAGCAAUGGUUGGCUUCUCUCACAGGACUCACUAAAGACACAGCUUAUUAUGGAGCGCUACUGA